CUCCCCCGCCUCGCUCUGCUCUUGCCCUCUCCGAUCCUUCCUUCCCCUCGUCGCCCGCCCGCGCGCCCUCCUCUCCCAUGGCGGACUGCUUCCCGCCCGAGGCCGACGACCUCCACCGCCGCUGGCUGCCCCGGGAGAUCUUGGCCGACAUUGGCAUCGCCGACACCGAGCCAGUCCCUGACGCUCUGCCCGAGGCCGCCGGCGUGGAGGAGCUCGCGGCGCAACUCGCCGGCAUCCUCGGCGGCGGGAGCAAGGCGCGCCGGCAUCCUCCGCCCCCGCCACCCCCGCCGCCGCCCGUCGCCGCCCCGCGCCACGGCGCGCAUGUCUGCGGGCUGGAAGGGAGCGUCGUGGCGGCCUGCGGCGGGAUCAAUUGCGUCGGCGGCGCCGCGGUGGCCUGGCCCUUCGUGCCGUACCCGCCGGCGCAGUGGCAGGGCGGGAGCAACCUGGUGAACCUGGGCGGCGUGCUGGACUACUACUACUCGGCGUUCCCCCCGGCGCCGCCGUGCCCCGUCCCGCCGCCGGCGAACCUGCGCGGCGGCACCGGCGUGUUCAUCCCGCGCACCGCGUGCGCUCUCCCCCCGGCCGCGGCCAAAGGUGGGAUAGCGACGAGGGCGUGGCCUGGCACUGCCACAGGGACCGGGACGGGCAGGCCGGCAACGGGCAGGAAGCAGGACUGGCAGCAGAACGAGACGCCGACGACGCAGCAGCCGCAGGAGGAGAAGGCGGUGCCCGCCUGCCCGCGGCCGUCGGAGCUGACGCUGCCCCAGGAUUGGAGCUACCGCUGAUGGAGGAGGGGACGCUUCGAGGGCGGGUGCGUGCGUGGCCGCAUGGAUAAUGGCGAACAAAACAAGCAAACAUUCACAUUCGUAGUAGAGUGUUCUUGUAGCGGCGGUAGCCAGUAACGAAUAAUAAUAAUGACAACAAUAAGAUAAGAUGAUGGACGGAUAACCAAUGUAGUUGUAGUUGGGAAUUUGGGAGAUAACAACAAAACAGGAGGGUGUGUCAGCAAAAAAGGCAAAAUGGGCUAGCAUGGUAGGUCUUGUACUGUUAGUGCUUCUCUGGCAGGUCGUAUGUUACAGUAGGAACCAAAAGCUAUGGCGAUCCGUGGCGUCUGUUGUUGCUGAAAUAAAGUAUCAAAUGUUUCCCGAAAUAAAGACAAAAUGAUUGUGUA